GCUUCCACGCCGUGUUGCCCAGGGUAAAGCGAAGCAGCCGGAUCAGGCUGUUCCGCCUCAAUGUCUACCGUCCGAGUCAGACCCGACUUCUGCGUCGAUGUCCUUGCCGAACGCGAGUCGAUGCAGCGCAUCUUCCUCUCCAGGUGCUCCACCAUCCUCUCCUCGUUCAAAUAUACACUCAACGCGUCUACAGCUCCGCCAGCGGGCAUCUUGCUCCUGUCGUCACCUUCUUCACCUCUCUCGCUCGCCGAGUACCGCCUGAUUGGCGGGCUACUUCAGCCUGAAGAGACGCGCGAGCAGGUGCGGCGCAUGUACGAUGCGGACAUCUCGCUCGGGGGUGCGGCGUGGUCUUUUUCGCGCGUGUUGGGGCAUGGGGACUGAUGGGUUGCCAGCGAUGUGGAAUGUCACUAAUUUGCAUCACGCGGUGAGGGAAUUCGCG